CUCCCGCCAAGAGAGAAGCGCGCGGGACCGAGCCCACGUGUUCCUAGGACCGGGACCGGGAUCGGGACCGGGACCGGGACCAUGGCCCAGCUCCGCCUCACCGACUUCUUCGGCCAGACAAAAGCGCCCACCGGAGCCCCGGCCAAGCGCAGCGGCUGCCGCCGGCUCAAAGCCGCCCUCGCCGGUGCCCCGCUGCACCGGGAGGAGGAUGAGGAUGGUGCCCCGGCGGGACUCAGCGCCCCCGCUCUGCCGCUGCCCGGCUCCCCGCGCACCCCAGCCCGCGGGGGCUCCCCGGCCCUGCGGGGCCUGGCGGGAAGGAAGCGGAGCCGCCGGGACAUGGAAGCGGAGUCGCCGGUCGGGGCCCGGCUCGGGGAACCGAGCAGGAAGUCGGCGCGGAAGAGGCUGGAGCUUCCCCGAGAUGCGGAGCCGGGGUCUCCGGGAGCGGCCACCAGCUCCUCGCCUCUGGCCACUCCUCGACCCCCCACACCCCUCUCACCGGACCUGGCCAUGUCCCCCCCGGCCACCACCGCCGGCUGUGGACAGGACACGGGGACAGAGCCCGGCCCAGCCACCCCGGGGCCAUCGCGGCGCCUGCAGCGGGAGGACGUGGCCGAGCUGCAGGGGCGCCUGCAGAAGAUGAAGGUGCUGGGCCAGGUGCCUUCUGUCCCCAGCGGGACCAGCAGUGACCUGCGGAGCCGCCUGGAGCGGGUGCGGCAGCUGGAGAUGCAUGUCCGGCAGAGGAGAGCGGCCACUGGGAACACUGGGGACACUGGGACAGCAGCUCCUGAGGGAGAGAGCAGCAAGAAGCCCCCGGCGUACCAGCGGUUCCACACCCUGGCCCAGGACCUGCCCCCGGGGCUGACGCUGCCCUACAAGUUCAAGGUGCUGGCAGAGAUGUUCCGCAGCGUGGACACCAUCACUGGGAUGCUCUUCAACCGCUCCGAGACCGUCACCUUUGCCAAGGUCAAGCAGGGCGUGCAGGACAUGAUGCGCAGGCAGUUCGAGGAGCGGCACCUGGGGCAGAUCAAGGCCGUGUAUCCCAGCUCGUACCGGCUGCGCCAGGAGAAGAAUGUCCCUACCUUUGGCAGCGGUGGGAAGAAGUCUGAAUAUCAGCUCACACUGGAGCCAGUGCUGGGGGAAGAGGAGAAGGUGGAUGGGCGCCCGCACCUGUCGGCAUCACGGCUGCUGGAGCGCCGGAGAGAAUUCCACCGUAACCUGGUGAACAUCGUCAGGGAGCACCACAAGGCAUUCCUGGCUGCCCUCAGCCCUCCCAUGGUGGUGCCAGAGGAGAAGCUGACCCGGUGGCAUCCCCGCUUCAACGUGGACGAGGUGCCGGACGUGAGCCCCGCGGAGCUGCCGCAGCCGCCGCGGGAGGACAGGCUGAGCACAGCCCAGGAGGUGCUGAGCACGGCCCGGGGGAUGCUGAGCCCCAAGAUGGAAAAAGCUCUUGCCAACCUGGCCCUACGAACGGCCGGAGCCGAUGCGGGGGAACCGGCGCUUUCCAAAACCCCAACCCCUGCCAGCACCUCCAGCGCUCUCAAAGGGGUGUCCCAGGAGCUGCUGGACCGCGUGCGGGCGAAGGAAGCGCGGCGGCUGCAGGCGCUGCUGACUCGGGAUGCGCAGCAGGAGGAGCGGGCGGCGCGGCUGGCGAGGCUGCCGGCCAUGGCACGAGUCCUGCGUGGUGUCUUUGUGGCCGAGAAGAAGGCGGCGCUCGGCAUGGAGCUGCUCUGUGCCCGCCUGGCUGAUAGCUGCUCCGAGCUGGUGGCGCCAGUGCUCCUCGCUGCAGGUGAGAUGGAGAAACACGUGCGGCUCUUGGCGGAGGUGCUGCCUGACUGGGUGGGUGUCCACACCCUCAGGACGGACACCUACGUCAAGCUGGACAAAGAGAAGGACCUCGGCCUCGUCACGGAGAGGCUCAGCAAGGUGGCCAAGGAGGCCGGAGCUCUGUGAGCCCCUCAAGGGUUGAGGUUUUUUUUUCUGUGCAAUCUCUGUGAAAUGUAGCAAAUCCCAA